AUGCCGAGCGCCCUUCUUAUUAAUCGUAUUAAGGACGACACGUCAAUGCGGCAACGACCAACUUGCUAUGUCGACUACUUCUCCCACGAUUGGCAUUACGAGGCCAUUCAGCGAUCCUGGAGCUAUAUCGUGGCAAAUACAAAAGAAUUCGAUAUGCAGCUCGAUUAG